AUGGCGGCGGACAUCGCCUCCCUGCAAAGGAAGCUCGCCGAGCACGCGGACGUCAUACGCCAAGGCCGGGCGCUGGCCGACAAGGUCGUGGCAGCACCGGACGCAGGCACCCCGCAGGUCCAGGCCGCGCAAAACUUCAAAGAGCUGUCCGACAAUGUGGCCAACGCUCGCGGGGACAACCGCGGGAAGAAGAGGUCGCCCAAAGGCCAGGCCGCCGCUGCGCGGGGACGGCGGCUCGGCAGAGGAGGGUCGAAGGCUCCAUCGCCGCCUUCCUCGUCGGAAAGCAUGGGUUCUCGAGAGGAGCCAGCGACGAAGGGGGUGGAGGUCUCUGACAGUGCUGUUGCUCAAGACCGGUCGCAAGACAACAACGGGGCUAGAAAUCAACAACAACCGGGAGGGAACGGCAACGGCACUCGAGACGAUGCCGUUGAACAAUCUGAUGUCACGGGGAUGGGUCAACGGCAAGAUGGUGCUCCCGGCGAUACCUCAGCGGUGGAGGAAACCCUGGCGGGAAACGCACUAGACGGGGAAACAGUCCCCACUCGCCCGCCGCUGCAAGGCGCCGCUUCCACCUCCGAGCCUCAAGAUGGAAACGAGAUUUCUCACCCUGGGCCGCCAAGCUCGACAACGGGCCACACGCAACAAGAAGAAGAUUCUGGUCUGGUCGACCUCGAGGGAUCGGGAAUCACAGGUUCCUCGCCGAAUGAAACUGAACAAUAUGACCAAGAGCGAGAAGAAGAGCAGCUUCAGCCUUGGCCAGAGCAGCACGAAGAAGUUCCGGAGGAAGACGAGCUGUCUUUAUCGAUGGUGGAAGAGGCCGGGGAAGCGGCGGAGGCGGGCUUUCUGGAGGGAAUACAAGAAGAGGCGGCGGAGCCAAAGCGGGGGGCGGACGGCGGUGAUGGUGAUGCCGGAGUGGUUCACCAACCUGGUCCUGCAGCAACGGCUGCAAUCGACUUCGUUCCGACAGAGAGGUCACUCGCUGCUUACUGCCAGGCGGCGGCACGGUGCAAGCUGGCUGUCGAGGCGUUCGAGGCCUGCUUCUCCUCCGAUUCUCCGUCCGAGCUAGACUCUGACUCCGGGGAUGAUGAAGUCGCGUCAAAAGAAAAGGACAAUCAUAAACAGCGACUGGUCGAACGCUACGCGGAUCUGACAGACGCCAUGAUGGAUUGGGGCGUAGAGGCGGCCCAAGCUCUAUUGGUAGAGGUGACCAAGACCGCAGCCAAGCACCGGACGAUCUCGGCGUGGACGAACGCGGUGCUGGAACCCGGCAGAGACAACAGCAGCAAGCGCGGUGGCGGUCUCAAGGAGUCGCAGCAAGCGAGGCAGGACAGGGCGACGCUGCUUCAGGCCGAGAAGGCCGUGCUCCACGAGGUUGUUGAGGCGCUCGGAGGGUGGGAGGCAGCGGUUUUCCUGGACUCUGGCGUGGCCAACCUAGAUGUUGACGUGGCCGCUUGGCCUAUCGAAGAUCAAUUGGCCAUAUUGACGGCCCUCAACGAUCAUUUGCGCGACGAGCUGGAGGAGAAGGAGACGAGGCACGACCAGGCCGUUGGUGAUAUCCUCGGCCGGUUCCACGCAGCGCAGAAGGAGCUGGAGCAGCUACGUUCGGAACGGGAGUUGCAUUUGUCGACGGUCAAGUCUCCCGAGGCAACCCCAGAGGCCGCCGCCCAACGCUUGGUGGUGGUGGAGGGGAAUGAACCCUCGAAGGUGUCGUCGACGACGACGAUGGAACGAGAGCGCGCCGAUGCGGAGAGCGCAACGGGCCCCGUUCGCGGCGGCCGAGGAAUCAACGCGAGAGGCAAACCAGGAGCUGCAGAUGAAGUUGACAAUGUCCAUCGCCAGGCUGAGGAGGGUGAAGGAAGACCUGCGAUUGGCAACGGAGAGCCGCCUCAGCCCAAGCACCCGCCAACAACGCCGCAACCGCGCGCCAUCAAGAAAGCCAAGGGUCUCGACCUAAUCGCUCAGGCAGACCUAGCGGAACGCCUCGAGCGGGAGAGGGAAGAGGCCCGCCUCCGGGCGGGGUACCCGCUGGCGUCGCUGGCGCUGGAGAGGCAAGCCGUCGCCGACCUGCGAGCAGCCCUGACCAAGACUGUGUGCGUCGUGCUGGAGCUCUGCCAGCACCAGCCGGAGCCGCCCGCCGCCGCCGCCGCCGCCGCCGCGGCUCCGGCUUCUUCCACGGGCGAGGAGGCGUCGCCCACGACGGGGGGACCAUCGUGGUGGGAGCGUGACCCCCGGGCGAAGGCGGCGAGGGGGCCUCCGUCGACUCUCGUGCAGAUGGUCUGCAGCGGGGAGGACGCGGGCGUGCGCUGCGCCACCUCCGAGUACAAGCUGAGCACCGGCAUGGCGGCGGCCAGUCGCUGCUCUACCGCCGUCAGCUAUUGCGGCGGCGGUCUCUCGAACGUCAUAAUGGACGACGGACGCAGCAACGGAGACACCGCCGCCGCCAGCAACCACAACGACAAGCCCGCGGCCGCCAGCGGCCAACGCUUUGAACCACCCCCGCUGCUGCUGAUGCCACAACCACAGCCGCAACAAACACCACUGGAGGCGGAGGCAACAACGGAGACCAGAGAGACCUCUGGAUCUACCACUAGUAGUGGCAGUAGUUCGAAGUUCCGAGAUAUGGCAAAAACGGUGUCAGAGUCGGGCACCAUGGCCCGGACCAUUCUUUCGGGCUUCACCAAAUCCCAGCGAAAACCCAAAGGCGAGCUUCUCGUUCCUCCGACGGAGGAACCGCCCGUCUUUCAGGGUCCGCCGACGAACCCGCGGGAGGCUCUUUCGGCGGCCCGUGCCGCCACGGCGGGGGUUAGAUCGUUUUCGGCAGGGAUCAAGGUCGAUGUCGGCGGACGUGGGAACGGUGGCACGGAAGCGGAAGCUGGUCGGAUGCCGUGGGCGUCCGGCGGUGGUGCCGGCGGGGGAAGCAGCGACAGCGGAAGCGACUGGGGGACUCAAACGGCGGCGCCAACGGGGGGAGCUUCGACAGGCGGCAGCGGGGGCGCAGGGGUGGUCGACACGUCGGCGUCAGCGAGAAUUGUUAACGCGCUUCGGGAAGACACCUUGUGGGCGGAGUCUCUGCCAGACUUCAUUAGCAAGACAAUGGAGGCGCAGAAGGGUGGCUUCGGUCGGCAGGUUGCCCUCAAGGAACGAGAGAUUGUGAUCCUCACCGAAGAACAGCGCGAACUCAAGCGCGACCUGCGGAAUUUCAAGGCGGACUACUAUAGCGCGGACGCCGAAGACGUCAUUCGAGCGUUGAGGAAGAGGCAGCGCGGGCUCAAUGACCAGGUGAGGUACCUCGAGCGGCAGCUCGAACUUGCACAGCAGUCUUCGCAUGUGGAGGGCGGCGCCAUCGAGGUGCUCGAGGGGCUCCUCCGUCAGAGGGACACAGACAAGCAGCUGGUCCACGGCUUGGGUCUCAAGAGUCUGGAAAUUGGGCUCAAGAUUGGGCUGCUGGAGACAGACGCCGGUAGCAAGACAGUGGAGGUGAGCCGCAUGGGCCAGAAGGAGCAGCAAGCCGUGGCUCACCUCAAGGGGCGCUUGGUAAAGGAACGGGGGAUUGUCGACGCCAGAAGAAAGACGGUAGAGGCUGAGUUGGAGCGCUCUCUUCCACACGGCAUGCGCGCGUUCGAACGAGUCAGCCGGACGAUCCAACGCCUCUGCAACGGGUAUACCUCUCUCCCCGGGCUGGUCGAGUGGGGCCGCCUGACCGCCGCUCGCCUUGAGACGACGACAACUGCGGUCGGGGACAGACGCGGUCUCGGAGGGGAUGGGAGCUGGGGUGGGAGGGUGGACGGCACCGCUAUCGCUACAGCUAACCACAGACCGGCUUAUGGCGGCGGCGGCGGCGGCGGCGGAAGGCGCGAUCGCCGUUCGGUCAAUGAUCGGGUGGCAGAAGGACAAGGACCCUGGUCAGUAGCCGGGUUGUGCGACAGCAGGGACUUUGCGGCUCCCUCGUCCGCCCACUUUGACGGCGCUGGGUCUCUCUCGGAGAGAGGCGUGUUUGACUUCGGCGCGCGGGCAUCAGCAACCACUGCCGCAUCGUCUCUCUGGUCUGGUCCCUCCACUGCCUCCACCGCGUCGCUCCCCGGUCGGCCGCGCAACACCAUGUUCCCCUCCUCGAGCCACUCCACAAAGGAGACCACUCACUACUUCCCCAAGAAGACCAGCGGGGUGGGAGGGCGUCACGAUCAAGAACGUCGCGCUGAGGGCACUCGAUAUUCCCUCAAGACGGCGGGGGCUGCCAACUCCGGCGGUCAAAGAGGCGGUGGGAUUUUUUGUGAUGCCGACUACGGUGGUGGUGGCGGCGGCGGCGGCGGCAGCGUUUCGUCAGGCUUGGCCGGUUUUCACGGUGGAGGUGGUAAAGGCGGCAGCAGCGUUGCAAGUUUGCUGCGUGAGGAGAGGGCGUUCCAGCGGAGAACUGGUGCACAUCAAGGAUCGCGAGAAACAGAAGAGGGACUAGCUCGAGGGCAUGCCGACACGUCCCGUUCACUAAACCGCCACCACGGAGGCAGCGUUCCUUCGCUGGUGCCCCUGAAUAACGUGGGGCUGCCGGUCCGCCUUCGUCAACAGCCUCGAAGAGCCCAAGGGUUACAGGCGGCUAGAUGA